GCCAAUGUACACACCUUUUCGUGGUUUUAAUAGCUCUCUGACUAGCAGUAAUUUAUACGUGACUAGCGUUCUCUUAUAUGUUUUUGAAAUGAUCAGUCGUCGUAUGAACUAAGAAAGCGCUCAACAUAUGGUCUGUGGAUAACGUAUGACAAGUUGUGGCACAGGUCAGUUGACAAGGUUCUCUCCAUGAGUCACAGUCGGAACCCCCCGCCCAGGGGACAGGGGGCAGCGAGAGCCAAACAGAUGGGGCUGCUCCUGGAUCUGUCUCCGGAUGGAGGGAUGGAUGGAGGAGGAAAUGAAAAAGAGCUGGAGGCGGAGCUACUGGCUCUGAUGGGCGGGUCCCAGGGGACGAAAGGGGGAGGAAAAGCUCCAGUUCCCAUGGCUGACAUUGAGCGUAUGGCGGCUCUGUGUAUGAAGGACCUUGAUGAUGAUGAUGAUGAUGAUGAUGAUCUGGAGGAUGAUGAUGAUCUCCUGGCUGAGCUGAAUGAGGUGUUGGAGGACGACGAUGAUGAAGAGGUUCAGAAACCUGCCACCCCUCCCAGCUCUAACUCCACCCCCCGCUCCACCCCCGGCACUCCUAGUGGUACAACCGGGCUGGAGGCCUGCCUGGCUGAACGCAUGGACAUGUACCAGACAGCCAUCUCCAACGCCAAUGCAGAGGGGGAGACCAGCAAGGCUCGCAGAUACGACCGCGGAUUGAAGACGUUGCAGUCCAUGAUGACGUCAGCCAAGAAAGGAAAACCGAUCAAUGAAGAGGAAAUGCCGCCUCCUGUCUCCACAGGUGGAAAGCCUGCCCCAGCCCCCGUGCAGCAGCCUGAACCAAUCAAAGAGCGGGGGCCGCUUACCCCAGUGCUGACGCCCUCCCCGUUCACCAAUCAGAAGCCUCUGAGGGAGGCUCCGCCUGUUGCCCCGCCUCCUAAGCCCCGCCUCCUGGUCCCCCCUCAGAAACACACUGCCGUUACCCCGGAUACGCCCGCAAUCUCCCCCCUCACCCCCAUUCAACCAGACGCACGGCACUCAGAGUUGAAGCAGUGUGUUCUAAACAGACAGAGGGAGUAUAAGCUGGCAGCCCUCCACGCCAAGCAGGGAGGAGAGUCAGAGCUGGCCAGACAACACUACCACAUCGCCAAGAAACUAGACCCAGUAAUAGAGGCGUUGGACAGAGGGGAACCAGUGGACCUCAGCUCUCUACCUCCCCCUCCAGGAGAUGCAGUGGUAGAGCGUUCAGCUCCUCCUCCUCCACAGUCUUCCUCCAGACCCUCCCCUGCUGCUCCCCCUGCAGCUCCCCCGGUGGCCGACUCCGCCCUCCCAGCCCCAGGCAGUGUAGGGGAAGCGUUACAACAGAGGAUGGACAGAUACAAAGCUGCAGCAGAGGGGGCCAGGAGCAAAGGAGACGACCGCAAGGCACGCAUGCACCAGCGCAUCGUCAAGCAAUACCAGGAUGCCAUCAGGUCUCAUAAGGCUGGACGACCAGUCAACCUGGCUGAUCUUCCUGUACCACCAGGCUGUCCUCCGCUGCAGGGCACAGAGAGCAGCCAGCAGAACUUCAUGGGCGUCCUGGAGACGGCCAUGAAACUAGCCAAUCAGGACGCAGACGCAGAGGACGAGGACGGAACAGGGGAAUUAGCCAAGCCUGCAGUGGGAGCUCCAGUCCAGAAAGGCAAAGCCCCGGCCCCUCCCACACCAGGUUCUGGAGGCAACACAACACAGGGUUCCAGACUGGGGCUUAAAGCCCAGCAGCAGUUGGACUUCCUGUUGCUGCGGCGGCAGGCGUUCGUCCGGGCGGCGCUGCGUUCUAAACAGAUGAAGGACAUGCAGGGAGCGGCGGUCCAUCUCCGACACGCUAAAGGACUGGACCAGAUGAUCAGCGCCACCAAGGGAGGCCUGCCUGUAGACAUCACCAAGGUCCCCAGUGCUCCAGUCAGUGAGGAGGACUACUCUCUGGCUCGGUCUCGUUCCUCUCCUCGCUCCUCAGAGCAAUACAGCAGCCUCAUGGAGCUCCUCCGACAGCAGCACCAGAAAUGUCUGGGUUACUCCCAGCAGUUCACUCACAUGGGAAGCGUGGCCGAGACCUCCAGGUUUGAGAAGCUGGCAGAGGAGUGUAUGCAGAACAUUGAGGUGUUGAAGACGGCCCACGCCAAGGGCCAACCUGUCCCCAAAUACCACACUGAGGAGAGGACCUUCAACACUGUCAAAAUGUAUCCUGACCUGACAGCCAAUGAGAUGACGCUGUACAUCGUGAAGGGCAUCAAUCUACCUGCUCCCUCAGGAGUCUCUGCCAGUGAUCUGGACACCAGUGUGCGCUUUGAGUUUCCUUUUCCUAGUGCGGAAGAGGCCCAGAGGGACAAGACCAGUACAGUGAAGAACAGCAACAGUCCAGAGUUUAAAGAGCAGUUUAACCUGAACAUCAACCGUCAACACAGAGGCUUCAAGAGGGUCGUCCAGGCCAAAGGCAUCAAGUUUGACAUCAUCCACAAGGGGGGUCUGUUCAAGGGGGACAAAGUGUUAGGGAACGCUCAGCUGAAGCUGGACUCACUGGAGAACCAAUGUGACAUCAGACAGAUUAUAGAGGUGUUGGAUGGUCGUAAGGCUACGGGGGGUAAGCUGGAGGUGAGGGUAAAGAUUCGGGAGCCGCUGGGAGGAGCACAGCUUCAGAUCACCACAGAGAAAUGGCUGGUCCUAGACCCUGUACCAAUCACCACCCCCGACAGAGAGAGACAACAACAGGCCCCCUCUCCUCGCUCCAAACCAAAGAGUGACAAUGGGAGGAACAAGCAGUCUAACCAGUCCAGCCACUCUCCUCCCCAGUAUAAACUCCACAGUUUCAGUCUGCUGCACUACGACAAGGAGAGACUGGAGAGACAGAUUGGUGAUUACAGGAAGAGUAGGCGGGAUCCUCCGUCUGACCUGGUACAGCAACACAAGGAGGUCACACACAGGCUACAGUGGCAGAAAGCCCAGUUAGAGAGAGGCUCCCCUACUCUACUGUCAGAGUAUGAGAAUAUUUUGCAGCGUUUCGCCCAGGGACUUGCUGAGUCAGUGAAGAAGUUUUCCAGCCAAGGCAACAGGGAUGCUGCUAAGGACGCUCUAGGACGGCUGAAGAUGGUGGAGACUGAGUUGGAAUCUCUCAAGAGGAAACGCCUGGUCUGAGAAGAAGAGGACAGAGGGACUGGAGAGUUGGCUGGACUACUGUUAUGUUACUCACACACACACAGCCAAUCACCUUCAACAUCUUCCUGCCACUCCUCUGCUCCUCUCUGCCUCCUCCACUAAUGCUCUCCCUUUUACUCUGUUCUUCACUUUGUAUUGUCAUUCAUUCAAUCAGUUAGGAAGAAGAACCAGUUUGAAUAAUAACAGGCCUGCCUCCCAAAUGGCACCCUAUUCCCUAUAUAGUGCACUACUUCAGACCAGGACCCAUGGGGACUAAUAUAGGGAAUAGGGCACCAUUGAGAUACACGGCAGAAUGGGAACUGUGAGAUUGAUAGUGACAUGAAGACAGAAUGCAGGGCAGGACAGAGAAAGGCUUAUUUGCACUUGAAAACAAAAACACUACCGAUUAUUAAAACCCUGCCGCCUUCACUAUAUUCUUUAAAGUCCUUCAAUGGCUCUCUGUCUUUCCCUCUGUUCAGAGAGUGGUGUGUGUAACUCCUGGUCUCCACAUUGCGUGCGUGCGUGCGUGCGUGCGUGCGAUGUUAAUGACCUUAAUCUAAUCUGUCUGCUCCACUAUUCCCAGAUUACUGUAAUCUGACCUGUUUGGUGCCGUGUGAUAUGGGAACUACACGGAAACGGGAACUAUAUUCUAUAAUGAGGGAUUAGCUAACACUAGUGUUGCCAUGGAGACGCCUCAUUCAGGGAAGUGAGGAGAGGAGGUACCCCAGGGGUUAAAUUGAAGAGGACAGGGUUAGAAUUUGUGUAGAACAGACCUAUAGCUGUAAAACCCACUGGAUUGUCUUUGAAUUGGGAUAUAGUUUCUCUAUUCAUUGUAAUUCUAUGGUACGGAGUUUGGGAGCCCGUUUAAAAGGACCCUUCUUAUGGGACGAUAUUUAGCCUAUUGUGAUGUCAACAAUUAGGCUUGCGUCAUGUCACUAUGACGUCAUCUAUAGACCCAGACACCCUGAGGUCUCCUCCUGUACCCCUCUAUAGACCCAGACACCCUGAGGUCUCCUCCUGUACCCCUCUAUAGACCCAGACACCCUGAGGUCUCCUCCUGUACCCCUAUCAGUCUCUCUCUCUUGCUCUCUCUCUCUCUCUCUAUACACUACAACAGUAGUUUAGUAGCCUACUGUAGUGGGAUCUGUCUCCGUAUCCACAGCAUCUGACUUGGAGUGCUGAUCCAGGAUCAGGUCCCAACCUGUCCAUAUAAUCUGAUUCAUUAUGAUCUAAAAGGCAGUGCUGAUCCAGGAUCAGGUCCCAACCUGUCCAUAU